AUGGCACCUGAGGUGCGCGUUGGCGUCGGCGUUUUUGUCCUCCAUACUUCUCAAGAACAAUCCACGAACCCCCGCUUUUUAAUGGGCAGGCGCCUCAACUCUCAUGGAGCAGGAACAUAUGCUCUUCCGGGUGGCCAUCUUGAAUUCGGAGAGACACCAGAGGAUUGUGCUAUCAGAGAAGUACUAGAAGAGACUGGCCUACGAGUAACACGAGUGAAAUUUCUGACGGCUACAAACGAUUACAUGCCCGCGGAGGGAAAACAUUAUAUAACUCUAUUUAUGGUGCUUGAGCCACACAAAUGCGAGAGCUGGGAUUGGUUCAACUGGGAGGACCUGGAGUUUGCCGUGGGCAAGCAGAAUGACCUAAAAGAUGGGGACGUUUUGGAAAAACCCUUGUUCUUACCAUUAGUGAAUCUGUUACGACAACGACCAGGGGCCCUUCCCAUAAUUGCAUAA